AUGACCAUCGUAUCUAAGCUCCUGAGUUUUCCCAACCUCACAUUGGCUGCAAUAGUCGAGUCUCUGCUUGUUAUCAAGUUGUUCCCAAACUACUAUAGCUCCCAAAGCCAUGUAGCCGCUGUGGCGACUAUUCUGUGCGUCAACUAUGCCUUCGGAAUCUUCUUCUGGGCGCUGUUGUAUCCGGUCCUCUUCAGUCCUCUCCGCCGCAUCCCUGGCCCAAAGGCGUACUUGAGCGCAGCUCAUAGAGCCCUUGUCGUCAAAGGUAGACCCUCGGGUGACCUAUUCCUGGAUAUCGUGGAACAGUAUCCUCAUCAAGACCUCAUUGCGCUCAACGCACUCCGAAACCAGAUAUUUGUCACCAAUCCUCGCCUACUAGCCGACGUUCUCGUUCAUCGAUGUUAUGACUUUGCCAAGCCGACAAGGAUCAGCUCUUUUUUGCGACACAUCCUUGGUGACGGCCUCAUCAUUGUUGAAGGCGACCAGCACAAGUUCCUCCGCAAGAACACCACGCCUGCAUUCCACUUUCGACAGAUCAAGAACCUGUACCCGAUGAUGUGGAACAAGGCCGAAAUCCUGACAAGAACGCUGAAUCAGGAAAUUUCCACUAACCGAUCACCUAUCAUUGAGCUGAGCACUUGGGCAAGCAAAGUCACGCUUGACAUUAUCGGCAUCGCUGGCCUGGGUCGAAAGUUUGACGCCGUGGAGAAGAAGCAGGAUCCGCUUGCCGGUAUCUACGAAGAACUUCUGGAGCCCGACCGGGAAAAGCUCAUCUUCGCCAUGAUGGCUUUGGCCCUUGGCCUUCCUUUCGUUCGUCUCAUCCCAUGGAAGAUGAAUGAUCUUUUCAAUCACUUGACUGGUUCGUUAAACAACAUUUGCCGACCAAUGAUCCAAGAGAAGAGGGUCGCCAUUACAGAAAAAGAGGAUGACCACUUCGAUGUUCUGUCGCUUCUCAUAAAAACCAACAACUUUUCUGAUGAGGCUUUGAAAGAUCAACUCUUGACUUUCCUAGCUGCUGGACACGAAACAACUGCAUCCGCUCUCACGUGGGCAUGUUACCUCCUGACCAAGCACCCGGAAAUCCAGCAAAAGCUGAGAGACGAAAUCAACGAGGCCUUGCCUCAAGAUUUUGAUAACGAUCCGACAAUUGACCUCGCUGGUAUUCUAGAGCCGCUUCCCUAUCUGAAUGGCAUCAUGCACGAGACGUUACGCCUCUACCCGACAGUACCUCUCACAAUGAGACAAGCUCUUUGCGACACGCGAAUCGGCGAUCAAUUCAUCCCCGAAGGAACCGAUAUCAUCAUUUCGAUCUGGUACAUUAAUCGUUCACCCGAGAUUUGGGGUCCAGAUGCAGGACAAUUCCGCCCGGAACGUUGGAUCACUGAGGAGGGGAAACCGAAUCAGAAUGGAGGCUCCAGCAGCAACUACGACUUCGAGACCUUUUUGCAUGGGCCACGAAGCUGCAUUGGACAGGGGUUUGCAAAGGCCGAGAUGCGUUGCCUUCUGGCUGCUAUGGUGCGGGCCUUCUCGUGGACUCUGGCGAUGGACGAUGGGCUGGUGUUGCCAAGAGGGGUCAUCACUAUCAAGCCAGAGAGUGGGAUGUAUCUGAAACUGACGCCGUUGAAACCGUCGACUUGA